UAUUAAAGAAUAACAGAAUGGCAUCAAGAACAGUGGGCAAGUCUUUAGCGGCCUGUCUGCUGAACAUUUCAGAGGCCAGAAAUAAAGAAGUUGUUGAGAGAAUUGCAAGGGCCGCUUUAUUUGACAGCCAUGGUCAGAAAUAUCCAGAUACAUCUGUUCUGAAUGUGUUCUCCAAUUAUGAUUACAACAGGUCAGUGAUCACCAUUGCUUCUGCCAGAGAACAAAUAGGUAAAUCUGUGGUGUCUGCUUGCGUGGCAGGCCUUUCAUCCAUCAACUUAUCUGUGCAUGAUGGAAUACAUCCGUGUCUUGGUGCCAUUGACCUAGCACCCAUCUAUCCUCUAUUAGGUAUAACACUGGAGCAAUGUGGUGAUAUUGCAACAGGUAUUGCCAAAGAACUGGUCAUACUUGUGCCAGGCUGCAGUGUAUUUCUUUUUGGCUAUGCUGACAGACCAGACAUGAAGUGCUUGGCAGAUAAGAGGAGAUCUCUUGGAUGGUUUAAGAAGAAAUCAGAAAUCCAUAUGGACUCCCUGAAAACUGAUAUUGGGCCAAAACCAUCACAAAGGCACGGAAUAACAGGUGUUGGUGCCAGCCCUUAUGUGAUGAACUGCAACGUCACUCUCGACACACAGGACCUGACUUCAGGAAGAGCUAUAGCAACUGCCAUCCGUGGUCGGUCUGGAGGACUUAAGGGAGUGCAAGCAAUGGCUUUCCCAAACAGUGGCCAUGUAGAAAUAGCCUGUAAUGUGGAGAGUUUCAGAGAUAUUGAGGAGUCCACUUCUUCCUCAGAAGCUAAUAAAUAUAUAUCUUAUCAUAUUUGUGGAGAAAAGUUUUCACAGGUAUCUCCUCAAUAUAUCGAAGCUGAGAUUCAACAGUUGGCUCUGCAAUAUGGCAUCAACACAGCAGGAACUGCCCUUGUUGGUUUCACUCCAUUGGAGUGCAAAUCCACAGCUGAAUAUGCAAUAUCACAUGGAAUAGGAGAGUUUUGGAAGAGAAGAAAAGGUGUUUUUAUGUGAAAGCCCUGAAGUUCC